AUGUCAGCCAAGGAUGAGCGGGCCAGGGAGAUCCUGAGAGGAUUCAAACUAAAUUGGAUGAAUGUUUGGGAUGCCGAGACAGGGAAGAUCCUCUGGCAAGGAACAGAAGACCUGUCCAUCCCUGGAGUGGAACCUGAAGCCUGUGUUCCCAAGAAAAUCCUCAAGUGCAAGGCAGUGCCUCCAGAAAUGAACUUUUCCUCAGCAGAACAAAUGGGAAAAUUCUGCCUGGAACAAAAGGUGUACUUCAAAGGGCAGCGCCUAGAAGAAUGGUUCUUCGAGUUUGGCUUUGUGAUCCCUAACUCCACAAAUACCUGGCAGUCCUUGAUAGAGGCAGCGCCCAGGUCCCAGAUGAUGGCAGCCAAUGUCCUAACGGGGAACGUCAUCAUAGAGACAAAGUUUUUUGACAACGAUCUUCUUGUAAGCACAUCCAGAGUGAGGCUCUUCUACGUCUGAGAGAAGAACUCGUGUGCCCUUGAAGAAUUUGGGGUUGGGGGGAA